UGAGUGGUGACUGGUAAGAGGUACUGAAGAAAAAGACAGGAGGAGAUCGAACAUAUGAAGGGUGAGUUGAGAUCAACCUCUUCAUGUGCAGCCUGCAAGUUCCUAAAAAGGAAAUGCAAUCCCAAUUGUAUCUUCGCUCCCUAUUUCAGGGCCGACGAAUCACGUAAAUUUGCGAAGGUCCAUAAAGUGUUUGGGGCCAGCAACGUUAGCAAAAUCCUCGCAGAAGUGCCGGAGCAGCAGCGCGCUGACACCGUGAAUUCUUUAGCAUAUGAAGCAGAGCUGAGGCUUAGAGACCCUGUCUAUGGUUGUAUUGGUGCCAUUGCUAUCUUACAAAACAGAAUGCUUCAGCUACAACAUGACCUCGCCAUUGCUAGAGCUCGUCUUGCCAUCUACCACACCCAUUACUUUCCUCCUCUUCCUCCACCAGAUCCUCUCCCUGAAUUUCUAAUCCUGGAAGAGACUAAGAGUGAUAGCAGUGUUGGUUUCGAUCGGAAUUCCUUGGAAUUUCAAUGCCACCAUGGUCCUCUGCAUCUUCUUCAAUGACUGACCUCCCUCUGUCAUUUACUCU